GUAUUUACCUGCCCACAAACACACAGCCCUGCCAGUCCUCACUGGACAUGCUACAUGCCACAAUGAAAACAACUCUAUUGCUGUUCUACAGUCUUGUGUGUGUUGCCACCGAUGCCUCACAGACAGACCUUGACGAAGUGUGCACUGAGCCACUCCCAGUGGUGGCCAAUGCAGAGGUGUCAGAGGAGUACAGGAGGCACAACUACACCGAUGGCAGUGUCCUGCCCUUCUCAUGUAGAUUAGGCUACGUGUCGGCAGGACGGACUAUGUACUCUUGCUCCAAGGCCAAAUGGCUUAGAGUCCGCAAUGGGAAGUGUGUUCCCAGACCAUGUGAACUACCGGAGGACAUUCCAAAUGGGAGUUAUGACCUAGUUGAGGGAACUGAUCUAGUGUUUGGAGCAACAAUCAAGUACACCUGUGAUGAGGGCUACCAAAUGAUGAGCAGAUUUGACACACAAGUGUGUAUGGUUGAUGGAUGGAGCAACAGUUUGCCAGUUUGUGAAGCGGUUACCUGUUCGCCUGAGGACAACCCAAGUUUGAUUUUAAGAGGACUCCCCGAGGAUGACACCCCCAUCUCAUUUGGCCAUAAGUUACAGUUUGAGUGUGCGGAUUCAGGUAGGGUCAUAAGAGGAGAACCAGAGGUCACCUGCACAUCGGCUGGGCAGUGGAGUCAUCCCUUUCCUCGAUGUGAAGUUGUCACCUGUGAGUUGGAGAGGACAUACUCCAGUGUCACCGUAAGAGGAGUUCCAGCUAAUGGUGAACCUGUUAAAUAUGGGAAGACCCUGUACUUUACAUGUGCUGAAGAUGGGAGGACCAUAAGGGGAGAGAGGGAGGUGACUUGCACAUCCACGGGGGAAUGGAGUGCACCGUUUCCUAAAUGUGAAGCGAUUACUUGUGCACGUGAAAAAAUCCAUACCAGUAUCCAUGUGAGAGGCCUGCCCACUGGAAACGGUCCUGUGAUAUAUGGAACAAAACUAUAUUUCAGUUGCGCCCAUUCAUCCAUGGUUCUGCAUGGGGCGAGAGAGGUGGUCUGUUUGGAUAAUGGGCAGUGGAGCAACAUGUUUCCCAGAUGUGAAAAACAACCAGUGCCUGAUGGUUCAUGUGGUCCACCACCUCCAGUUGAAUUUGCAGAUAUAGUUAGAGGAUCGAAAGUAGUAUACAGUCAUGGGGACUGGGUGGAGUUUCAGUGCCAACCUUACUACCUUUUGGAGAGUAGGAACUGGUAUCCUUCGUGGAUGCAAUGUAAGAAUGGGAAAUGGGAGAAUGAGUCAAUGAGAUGUCGUAGACCCUGCACAGUAACAUUAGAAGACAUGGAUAAAAGGAACAUUGAGUUUCAACGUCCUAGAGAUGACCUACGGCAUGUUACACAUGGUGACCGUAUAACAUUUAUUUGCAAACCAGGCACAAGUAACAGCUAUGCAAAACUUACACAAAACUGUGAUGACGGUCACAUGGAUUUUCCUAAAUGUUACAUCUAUUGAAUUAAUGUAAAUAUUUUGGGUCAUGUCAAACAGCCAAAAGACUAAUAUAAAAUAUGUAAGGGAUAAUGUAUUGUCCGCCAGUAAUUAUCAGAAAAUAAGUCCCGACAGGGAGAACAGAACC